AUAAAAAUGUAGUGUGAAUACAAAAGAUGAAUGCAGUUUGAUGCGGCAUCAUAAAAUGCGGCAUCGAAAUGCACAAAUGGGAUUAAUGGGAACCCCGAAAGGGGACUGAUAAUAUCCUAUCAAGGGUAAUGCUGCGCGUUAUAUUUUCGGAGCCAAAGUUUGUUUACUGCUUUGCAUUUUCGUGUUUAUGCGAUCCUUAAGUCUCGAAGUGUGCGAUUAGAAACAUUAUUGGACAAUGGUACAUUGAAGUGCACGGAAGUGAUAGCCAAAAACACAAGGGUUCAUCAUAGUCACUGCCCAUUCAUUUGAAUUUGAUAAACAAAUUAAUUCACUGAUGGUAGUCAUAUAUAUAAAAUGGUAGUAAGGUGGUCACAACAUAUGAUCUAAGGUCACAGCUCACAGGGUAAACGUAACCACAACCACCAGAAGUAAUUAACCAAACAACGUCAAGAAUUUGUUGGUUAGAAUUUAUAAUGUUGCCCUUGCGUGUGUUUUGUAGGCGUUUUUCUACAAAAAGGGCACUUGAUGCCAGUAUUAAGGAUCCGAAAUUGAUUGAAAGCCCAUUAACCGACACUUUUGGUCGCCACCACACAUAUUUGAGAAUUUCUCUUACAGAACGAUGCAACUUGCGAUGCCUCUACUGUAUGCCUGCAGACGGUGUAAAACUGAAUCCUAACGAUAAAAUACUUACAACAGAGGAAGUAAUUCGCAUUUCUCGAUUGUUUGUUAACGAAGGUGUCACAAAAAUUCGAUUAACAGGAGGCGAACCUACUGUUAGAAAAGAUCUAACCGAUAUUGUUGCGGCGUUAAGGAAAAUAGACAAUCUGCAAACGAUCGCUAUGACUACAAACGGAAUCGUUCUAACACGUCAAUUAGUUGACUUACAAAGGGCUGGUUUGGAUAUGAUCAAUAUUAGCCUAGAUACCUUGAAAAAAGAAAAAUUCGAAUAUAUCACUCGAAGAAAGGGUUGGGAACGUGUUAUGAUGGGUAUUGAUCUUGCACUGCAGCUCGGUUAUAAUCCGGUCAAGGUCAAUUGUGUUGUAACAAGAGGAUUCAAUGAUGAUGAAGUUUGUGAUUUUGUUAAAUUAACAGAGGAAAAAAAUGUUGAUGUCCGAUUUAUCGAAUAUAUGCCAUUCGGUGGCAAUAAGUGGGAAAUGCAAAAAAUGGUGCCUUAUCAAGAAAUGGUUAAAAUGAUACAACAAAGAUGGCCGGAUUUUCAUAGUCUUAUGAAUGGACCAAAUGAUACUUCAAAAGCAUGGAAAAUACCAGGAGCAAUCGGUCAAGUUGGUUUUAUUACAUCUAUGAGUGAACAUUUUUGUGGAAGUUGUAACAGACUACGUAUUACAGCUGAUGGAAAUUUGAAAGUUUGUCUGUUUGGGAAUACAGAGGUGUCAUUGAGAGAUGCAAUAAGAAGUGGUUGCAGCGAGGAAGAUUUAACUGCAUUAAUUGGAGCGGCGGUUGGGCGAAAAAAGAAACAACAUGCUGGUGUCAACUCAUCUUUCAAGUCAACUCAUAUAAGAAGCCUUCAUUAUAAUCCUGGGUCGUUAUCACAUCUAUAUGGCAAUAUUGCUAUGCACUCACUGCGAUUCUAUUCCUCGGAAAUAAGUAAACAACAGCAACUGACUCACGUCGACGAACAAGGUAAAGCUUCCAUGGUCGAUGUCACCAACAAGGAUAUUACCAUUCGUCAUGCAUCUGCCAAAGCAGUUGUAAAAGUAGAUCACCGGAUUACUAAACUUAUCAAAGAGAAUGGCUUAAAGAAAGGUGACGUUUUAACCGUUGCCCAAAUUGCCGGAAUCUUGGGUGCAAAGAAAACAUCCGAUAUUAUACCACUAUGUCAUAACAUUCCAUUAACAAAAAUCAGAGUGAGUGUACGUUUGGAUGAAAUACAAAAUGCGAUUGUUAUUAUUGCUACUAUACAUUGUCAGGGUAAAACUGGGGUUGAAAUGGAAGCAUUAACGGCUGUAUCUGUAAGUGCCUUAACUGUUUAUGAUAUGUGUAAGUCUGUUACUCAUGAUAUCAAAAUUUCUGAUAUUUAUUUGUUAAGUAAAAGUGGGGGUUCAAAGGGGAAUUACGAGAGUGACGUGAUUGUUCUGAGAAAUUAUGAAACUGCUCCUACUGAUGACAAUCAGGUUGUAUUAAGUCAUAUUUAAGUUGUUGCAAGUUGUUAUAGAUUUUAAGGUGACAGUUUAUAUUUUUUUUGUAAUAUUUGCUACAUUUAAUUAAUAAAUCAUUGUUGUUUAUAUA